AGCUGGAGGUGACUUGGUCCGCCGACCUGCAGGUAUAAGAGAGACAAGACUCGGUCUGUGCACCUGACGCAUCUCUUGAUGAAGAACUGAUUCAGAAAAAUGAACAGCGCACAGGAUCCAGUGGUAGGAAUACCUAAGGGUGGCAUCUACAAGUUCUUCAUGCGCUCUCGUUCGGUCUUCGAAGACAAGGUAAAGGAUGAGAAGAACGGCACAAAGGAUGAGGAUACUAAUGAGGAAACACAAUGUGGCAUCGGUUCCUGUAAACCCCAGGCUUGUCAGCCUUUUGGUAGCCUCAUAGCAUUCACAUGUUCCUACAGCGUUGUGGUCAUGUUUAUGCAGACGCUCACAACUUUGUUGUCGUCACAGAUCAGCACUCUAGAGAAACACUUCAACUUCAGCAGCACCAUCAGCGGGCUCCUCAUCAGCAGUAACGACAUCGGUUACGUCACUGCAGCCCUAUUUUUCAGUCAUUUCGGCAAACAUGGUCACAUACCAAGAAUCCUUGGCGUGAAUGGGCUAAUAUUUGGCUUUGCCGGCAUUUUCACAUCCUUGGCGAAUUUCAUCCAUCCUGUCAGUCUCCCGGAAGAGGUAUCAAACACGACCAAUGCCUACGAAACCCAGUUCGUGUGUCGGGAGAGUAAUGUGACCAAUAUCAGUUCAUCUGCUCACGAAGAAGGUACCUACGAAACUGGCCGAUCGACCUUGGCGUUGUGGGUCAUUGGGUUUACAAUGGCAUUGCAAGGUGUUGCCAAAACCCCACGUAUCCCAUUGUCCAGUUUCUACAUCGACAACAACGUAGGAAACAGGGCACGCACCUCUAUAUAUAUAGGAGCGCUGAUGACAUGCCUGAUAUUUGGACCAUCUGUUGCCCUCGUGGUUGGGAGUGCCUUGUCCAAGAUUCCAGUGGAUCUUAAAAACACCUACCUGACUCCUGACGACCCUCGCUGGAUUGGCGCUUGGUGGUUGGGUUUCGUUGUUUUCGGGGGAAUUGCACUGCUCGUGUCUAUUCCACUUUUUCUUUUCCCAAAAAGAAUUGCAGGCGCUCCUAAAUACGAGAUUCCAGACACGGAAACAGCUCUUGGGAAGAUCAAAGAUUUGCCUCUGUCUAUUCUGCGAGUCCUCUCCAGGCCAGUGUACACAAUCUCUCUCAUGAACACUUGCAUGUACGGGUUUGCCAUCAGCGGCUUCAUCUCCUUUGCACCGAAGUAUGUAGAGCAGCAGUUCAAUAUACCGGCAUGGAGGACCAGUCUUAUUUUAGGUAUAUCUAACCUGGUAACGUCAGCGGCGGGAACGUUCAUGGGCGGCGUCUUCACCGGCAGACUCAACCUCUCGCGGCAGGGAUGUCUGAAACUUAUAAUGGUUGUACAUACAGUAACGAUUGGUCUCAACGCCUGUAACUUCAUACUUGGCUGUGAAAACACCCCCAUUGAAGGAGUCGAUUUCUUCCGUGACGACAACGAAACUGGUCCAGCAUGCUUCUGCAGUGGGACGUCAUCUCUGCUUGUAUGUGGAGCUGAUCACGUGACCUACUCUACCCCCUGUCAAGCGGGAUGCUGGAACCACACGGGAGAUGUAUACAGUAACUGCUACCGUGUCGAAGGGAUGACAGCGACACCAGGUAUUUGCGACAACGGCUGUAACUACCUCAUCCCCUACCUUGCGACGUCGGUGCUAAUGACAAUGUUCGGGACAGUUGCGCUCCUUCCACACUACAUGGUAAUCUUGAGGAGCGUGGAGGAGCGAGACAAGGCUAUUGCAAUGGGCAUGUUGAACUUUGUCUCAACAUUACUUGGUUGGUUACCAGCUCCCAUUGUGUAUGGGAAGGUCAUUGACAGCGCCUGUAAACUCCUGCAAGGGAGCUCAUCCGAGGGAAACAGUGCCUGCUCGCUGUACGACAUCGUCGAUCUCCGGUACAAGGUGUUUGGUCUGGAAGUGUCAAUCAAAGUGGCGUCCUUCAUCCUGCUUGCCAUAUCCCUCAUUGUGUGUCGCAGGGAAGACAGGAAAGUUGAGAACGAGGAGCAAACACAAAAUAAUGUCGUCCUCACGAAGAAGAUGUCUCAAAUUGACGGAGAAAAGUCCGUUGGAAACAACGUCAAUGGGACGUUGGGAAACUCUCAAAAAUAUUAGAAACACCGUUUUCUCCUUUGGCGUAAAGCUGUGUGGUGGGCUCAUUCUUUGAAGGAGGGGAAAAUGUGUUUAAUUUGAGUAUUAUAAACAGAAAAAGAAACAUAUUACGAUAUUGAACGCCUCCUGCGACCUCGAACGUUUAGAAACCACG